AUGGAGAACAGGACAGAGGUGACUGAGUUCAUCCUGUUGGGACUGACCAAUGACCCACACCUGCAGGUUCCCCUCUUCAUCACCUUCCUCCUCAUCUACACCAUCACUGUGGCUGGGAACCUGGGGAUGCUCCUGCUGAUCCUUCUGGACCCUCGUCUGCACACUCCCAUGUACUAUUUCCUGGGUAACCUGUCUCUAGUGGAUUUCUGUUACUCCUCGGUAGUCACUCCCUCAUUCAUUGGCAGGCUCCUGACAGGAAACAAGAUCAUUUCCUACAAUGCCUGUGCUGCUCAGAUGUUCCUGUUUACAGCCCUCAUUUGUGUGGAAAAUUAUCUGUUUACUGCAAUGGCCUAUGACCGCUAUGCAGCAGUGUGCAAGCCUCUGCACUACACCUCCACCAUGAGGAGCAGUGUGUGUGUAGGUCUCGUCAUAGGCUGCUAUGUCCUUGGUUUACUGAAUGCCUGCAUCCACACUGGGGAAGCCUUUAGUCAGUCCUUCUGCAGCUCCAACAUGAUUGACCAUUUCUUCUGUGAUGUCCCACCAGUCAUGGCCCUCUCUUGCACUGACAAACAGGUUACUGAGCUGGUUCUUUUUUAUGCCGUUAGUGUCCCCAUUUUCUUUGCCCUCCUAGUGAUCUGGAUAUCUUACUUCUUCAUUUUUGGCACAAUCCUGAGGAUGCACUUAGCUGCAGGACAUCACAAGGCUCUGUCCACCUGUGCCUCCCACCUCACUGCUGUCUCCGUCUUCUAUGGCACAGCCAUGUUCAUGUACUUGCAGCCCAGUUCCAGUCAUUCCAUGGACACUGAUAAAAUCGCCUCUGUGUUCUACACCAUGGUGAUCCCCAUGCUGAACCCUAUAGUCUACAGCCUGAGGAACAAGGAGGUCAAGAGUGCAUUCUUAAAGGUCAAGAGUGCAGUCACUUGGAGACAAAAGAAUGUGUAG